UGAGUACAAACCACCGAAUCCAUUCUCAAAAGUCGGGCAGAGCCGCGGGCUGCCAGACCGCCCGGCAGGGAACCCCGAGGGCGUAUAAGGGGCUUUUUUUGUUGCUCCCCCUACGUUUAAUUCUUACUUGGAUGGCAAUGCUAUGGAGGAAGUACCGCUUCGUAAAGUCAAGACCAGGAGGAAGAAGUGUCCGUGUGUCCCGGGGAUACCUCUGGACCCCGCGGGCUGCGAGGACGAGUUCGAUUGCAAGGAGCUGGAGUUGCUCUUCCAGAAUUACAACCUGAAGCUGGAGCAGACGGCCACCCUGAAAGCGCUGGCCGUGCUCAUCAUCAUGACGGCCACGCUGGCCAUGGUAGAGUUAAUGUCCGGACCCAGCCUCACCAUCUCCAAGGGCUCGCACCCGGUGCACUGCAUCAUCUUCGUGUCGCUCUUCAUCGUGACCAACGUGAAGUAUCUACAGGUCACCCAGCUGCAGCAGAUCGUCAAGCUCACUCUGCUCUUUGCCUUCACCUUCUCAUUCCUCUGCUGCCCCUUCUCCCUGGGAGCCUACGGCUUGGAGCCACCCACCUCCCCCGAGCACGGCAUGUGGCAGCUCAUGUUGGUCACUUUCGUCGCCUACUCGCUGAUGCCAGUGCGGACCUUACUGGCCAUCGUCUUCGGGCUGGUGGUGGCCGUGUCCCACAUCAUAGUCACCGCCACCUCGGUCACUUCCAGGAGGCAGCGGCUCUGGCGCACGCUUGUGGCCAAUGCUGUUCUGUUUGCCAGCGUGAAUAUGUCCGGGGUGUUUGUCAGGAUCCUGACGGAGAGAGCCCAGAGGAAAACCUUCCUGCAAGCGAGGAACUGCAUCGAGGAACGCCUCCGUCUAGAGGAUGAAAAUGAAAAACAGGAACGACUUCUAAUGAGCCUGUUGCCCAGAAAUGUAGCAAUGGAAAUGAAGGAAGAUUUCCUAAAACCUCCAGAAAGGAUAUUUCAUAAAAUAUACAUCCAAAGACACGACAAUGUCAGCAUCCUGUUUGCAGAUAUUGUGGGUUUCACAUGUUUGGCAUCGCAGUGCACCGCACAAGAAUUAGUAAAGCUUUUAAAUGAACUCUUUGGCAAGUUUGACGAGCUGGCCACGGAGAACCACUGUAGAAGAAUUAAAAUCCUUGGAGAUUGUUAUUAUUGUGUAUCAGGCUUAACUCAACCGAAAACAGACCAUGCUCAUUGCUGUGUUGAAAUGGGAUUAGACAUGAUUGACACAAUCACGUCUGUGGCCGAAGCCACUGAAGUUGAUCUCAAUAUGCGUGUGGGUCUGCACACUGGAAGAGUGCUGUGUGGAGUCCUUGGUCUCCGCAAGUGGCAGUAUGACGUGUGGUCCAAUGACGUCACCUUGGCAAAUGUAAUGGAAACAGGUGGUCUUCCUGGAAAGGUUCAUAUAACAAAGACCACCUUGGAGUGCCUGAAUGGAGAUUAUGAAGUUGAAGCAGGAUAUGGGCAUGAGAGAAACAGUUUCCUUAAAAAGCAUAACAUUGAAACCUUCUUCAUCGUGCCCUCUCAUCGAAAGAAAAUUUUUCCAGGGUUGAUCCUUUCAGACAUAAAGCCAGCAAAGAGAAUGAAAUUUAAAACAGUGUGCUACUUAUUGGUUCAACUCAUGCACUGUCGAAAGAUGUUCAAAGCUGAAAUCCCCUUUUCUAAUGUGAUGACAUGUGAAGAUGAUGACAAGAGAAGAGCACUGAGAACAGCAUCUGAAAAAGUCAGGAAUCGAUCAUCAUUUUCUACAAAUGUUAUACAUAACACUCCGGGAUCACGAGUGAAUCGAUACAUCAGCCGCAUGAUUGAAGCUCGGCAAACAGAGUCUGAAAUGGCAGAUUUACAUUUUGUUACUUUAACAUACAAACAAGCCGAAAGGGAGAAAAAAUAUCAUCAGCUUCAUGAUGAAUAUUUUACCAGUGCAGUCAUCCUCUCUUUGAUACUUGCUGCCUUAUUUGGACUUCUGUAUCUUCUCAUAAUACCACAGAGCACAGUCGUCCUUGUUCUCCUGGUAUUCUGCAUUUGCUUCCUAGUUGCAUGUAUCUUGUAUCUCCAUGUCACACGAGUACAGUGUUUUCCAGGAUGCUUGACAAUACAAAUUCGAACCAUUAUCUUCAUCUUCAUAGUCGUAUUGACUUAUGCUGUAGCCCAGGGAUGUGUGGUUGGCUGCAUGCCUUGGGUAUGGACCACCAACUCCAGCACCUCCAUCAUUAUUAUUGCUCCUGAUGGACUCAAUAAAACAAUGACUGAGUUGCCUUGUGACGCAGCUCAUUAUGCUUUUCUUGCUUGUGUUGUCGGAACGCUAAGUCUUGCAGUAUUCCUCCGUGUCUCUUCAUUACCAAAGAUGAUCCUCCUGCUCAUCGUCACUGUUUUGUAUAUAGUAGUUUUUGAGAUUAGUGGAUACAGAAGAGCAAUGGGAGGCGGAGCGAUUUAUAUAAGAGGAUUUGAAUCCAUUUUAGCAAUCCUGCUUUUCGCUUGUGCUCUUGGACUUCAUUCCAGACAGUUAGACCUAAAGCUGAGAUUAGACUACCUCUGGGCAGCGCAGGCUGAAGAAGAGAGAGAUGACAUGGAACGUGUAAAGCUCGAUAACAAACGGAUUCUCUUUAAUUUAUUGCCAGCACAUGUCGCACAACAUUUUCUAUUGUCUAAUCCACGGAAUAUGGACCUCUACUACCAGUCAUAUUCUCAAGUGGGUGUGAUGUUUGCCUCAAUUCCCAAUUUUAAUGACUUUUAUAUUGAACUAGAUGGUAAUAACAUGGGAGUUGAAUGUUUGCGCCUCCUGAAUGAAAUAAUCGCUGAUUUUGAUGAGCUAAUGGACAAAGACUGCUACAAGGACAUAGAGAAAAUCAAAACGAUUGGCAGCACUUACAUGGGAGCGGUUGGACUCGUACCUACAACUGGGACCAAGGCAAAACGAUCAAUUUAUGCACAUCUGAGUACUCUGGCAGAAUUUGCAAUAGAAAUGUUUGAUGUUCUGGAUGAAAUCAAUUACCAGUCAUACAAUGACUUUGUCUUGAGAGUUGGAAUAAAUGUUGGGCCUGUUGUGGCGGGUGUGAUUGGGGCAAGAAGACCACAGUACGAUAUAUGGGGAAACACUGUUAAUGUUGCCAGCAGAAUGGAUAGCACUGGAGUUCAAGGCAAAAUACAAGUAACAGAAGAUGUCCACCGAAUACUCAAUAAGUGUAAUUAUGAGUUUAUCUGUCGCGGCAAAGUCAGUGUGAAAGGAAAAGGAGAAAUGCUGACAUACUUCCUUGAAGGGAAACCGAAUACUAAUCCACAAGCAAGCUCAACAAACAUAGGGAGAAAAGCGUUCUCAUGUGGAAGGGCAAAACUGGGGACCAGCUGCCCUUCCGUGUCGUCAGUGGCCAGCUUCAGAGUAAAGGCAGGACUUGGGGCACUUCAGGCGGCUACGAUGCAAACAACUCAGCCUGUGCAUUGUGCUCCACCCAUACCUGUUGUUGAACAAGCAUAGCAAAUGUUGGCACAAAACCGAAGUCCGCAUCGCGAGCUGUCCAAAGGGAGAAGAUCAGUUAAUGAUCAUGCAAGAAGAUUCUGACGUUUGGAAGUCAGGCACAGAAGAGCGGAAUGUUCUCCUGGAACGGGCACCAGAAUUAUAUGGGUCACAAACCACAGGAAUUAUUGCGAUUAAAACCAAAGACUGAAACUUUGGGUCUUGUGAGAAACAUUGCUUGGAAUGGAUGGCAAAUUAAGGGCUAACUAUUUGUUAGAAUCAGCAAAGAACUACAUUUUGGACAUAGUAAAUUAUCUUUUUAAGUAAAAUAAAGAAUCUUAGAAGGCUUAAUAAAUUAUAACUAGAAUUUGUAUGUUAUAGCAUUUCUCUGCAUGUUUUCUAAAUGUGCACAAACAUUUUACCAGAUGACAUUAAGUUAUAAAAUAACUACUUUUUACUUCGGCUGCCAAUAGAUGUGUCCACACAUUAUCAGAAUAUCCAUUUAAUAUUGCCUUAUUUAUUUUCUGUUUCCUUUGUUUAACAUUUUCAAUGCCUGCCUUUUUCAAACCGUUCUCUGCAAGAUUUUAUGGUACGUAAUCUCUGUAAAUAAUUUAUUGAUUAUACAGUAUGGAUUGUGUAUGAUAUUUUUUAAAAAGCACAUGUCAAGUGAAUAUUUAAUUAACUUUUAUAACAAAGUUUUAUUUAUGUAAGCAUGACUGUUAAUGUGCUUUAAAAACCGGGAUUCUUCUUUUGUUGACAUCCACAACAUAUGUUCAAACCUAUUAAAUAUCAAAGGUACAGAACUCCCAAUGAUUAUAGAUAAUCUUUGCCAGAAGGUUACUGGAGCACUAACUAAAUAGUGAAAGUCUUUUUCUAGCAUUGUGUCCCUGUAACUAUUACUCAGUAGCAAUAAACUUGAGCUUUAAGAAUAUGUAUUGAGUAUUCCGUAGAGAGAAAGGGAUGUUAUUAAGUUCAUUCUGCACUAUCAACUGAUAUUUUCACAAUCUAAUCAGUGUAGGCAUCAUAUAACAAAGACAGCAAUCUGCAGGUGGGAGAAGCAGAUUGGGAAUUGUUAACUUUUUUCAAGCAUUGUGGCCUCUGUACUUAAGUCAAAUAUUUUACAAACCAUUAAUUUUAUGCUAUGUCACACAACUAAAACCAUUGCUACGAGUUUCAUUUUUUAAGAACUGCAACUAGCUUGCUGAUUUUCCAUAUUUAAAUACGGGUCUUUUUAUGUGCAUAUUGAAUAUUGUAAAAUAUCUUUCAGUCUCUUUUGGAACUGUAAGGAUUAGCUAAAGAAUCUGAUAUUUGUCCGACCUUUUAUGUUAAAAGUGGAUAAUAUUCAUUGAAAUGUUAAAUGUGAAUGUAAAUUUCUAAUUAUAACUUUUUAUACUGAGUGUUUGCACUAUUAUAAUUUCCUUUGGGUCGAAUG